AUGAGAUAAUCUAUGUAAAGCACUUUGGAAGCAGCUAUAGAAAUGUCAGCUAUCAUUAUUUAUUAUCUUUUUCAGGCGUAUGACAAUCCUUGCUGGAAUCUAUUUCUCAUACUUUUGAACUCCCCUCCCCCACUUUUAUUCCCUUCCCUAAGCCAGAUGAAUGACUAUCUGGGACCAUUAUUGAGAAGCAGCGUUGUGAGGGAUGUACUCUGAAAAUCUUAAAGGGAAUUGUGAGUUAUUAACAUCACCAUCGAGAGACUGAGUCCCAGUUGUAAUUCUGCAACCCUUUGUCUAAGGCACUUUAUCUCUUCAGAUGUCACUUUUCCUGUCUGUGAGAUGAAAGGGUUGGAUUAGAUGAGGCCUAUACUGGUAAAUGUUUAACAACUAGCUCUGUGAGGGAAAAAUGUGCAUACAGCACAUUUAUAAGUUUAAUCUGUUUUAUUCACAUUUUUUUCCAUCACUUUCUUAAGUCUAGACAAUGAACAAAACAAUAAACCAAGCCCCAAUUUGUCUCAUUCCCAGAUUUCCAAACUAUAAAUGCCCAUACUGAAAACUGAACAAUUAGCUGGCCCAGAUGAGCUGGCUCUGGCGCAGUCUUGCACUAAGGUGGUCUUGGUGGUCAGUCAGCCCCUUGUGAUAUUUGACGUUCAAUAUCCAUCACGGAACAGAAAAGGAGCAGUUACAAGUUCAUGGAUCCGCACAGAGAUGAUCCAGGGGGUAGAGGACAACCUUCCUCGGGCUGUCUGGCCAGAGACUGAGCUGAGCACCCAUAGCUUGGGCCUCCCCCCCACCAUGAUGGCAUCCCCUCGGGAAGCACCCACAGGGCAGGGUCUCCUCUGUAUCUGCUUACACCCCCUUCCACACCCACACAGCAGGCACAUGCUUCUGUUCUCUGUGAAACAGCAUGAGCCUCCCCACUGCCCCCACCAUGCUUUUUAUCCAGACUUUGUCCUCACUGAACGUGGACUUGUUCUGUCCCCCUCUAGGCUUGUCCGUCCUCUCCCACCCCCACCCCUGAUCCUCACAGGGAACUUGGCCUUUCUUCCUAGGCAGAUGAGCAGCACAGACAAGAUCAGGGCCCUCCCCUUGUGGUUUUGCUGUUUGCUGAUGGCUACAGAGGUGACUGUCCUGGAAGGGGUGGAGAAAGGAAAAACAAGUGAGAGAGAAAGCCUCCCCAGCUGACUCAGGAUUUGCAAACCAGCUCAUGGAGAGCCAAGGGUGGGGGUUGGCAGGAGGGGCAGCACUGGAGACACAGUCAGUGAAGGAAAGACAGCCGCUGCCCUGCAAACCUCCACAGUCUGGGGGGACCCCGAGACAUGAGGCCAGGGAUACCCUGCGAGAAAAGCCAAGCAUCUGAGGCAGAGUGUGCCCUAGUCAUUGUCCUGGGCAUCCCCUGCGGACCAGGGGGCUGGAAACCAAGACACAGGGGGCCAGGAAGAAGGGGUCAGCUCUGAGGUGGUGAGGAGCUGACUGAAAGCAGGAAGUCCGGGGCUCCUGGGCACCAAGGCUGGGCAGCUGGUCCCCGGGCUCUUGAGAAGAGGGGAGCCAGGGUGGCCUGUGGGGCAGCACGAUGGAUAAGUUCCGGAUGAUAUUCCAGUUCCUGCAGUCUAACCAGGAGUCCUUCAUGAAUGGCAUCUGUGGGAUCAUGGCUCUGGCCAGUGCCCAGAUAUACUCAGCUUUUGACUUCAGCUGCCCCUGCCUGCCUGGGUACAAUCUGGCAUACAGUGGGGGUAUCCUCCUGGUGCCCCCCUUGGUGCUCUUCCUGCUGGGACUGGUGAUGAACAACAAUGUCUCCAUGCUGGCUGAGGAGUGGAAGCGGCCCACCGGCCAGCGGCAUAAGGACCCUGCUGUGCUACGAUAUAUGUUCUGUUCCAUGGCCCAGCGGGCACUGAUUGCACCUGUGGUCUGGGUAGCUGUCACCCUGCUGGACGGCAAAUGCUUCCUGUGCGCCUUCUGUACAGCCGUGCCUGUGGCCACUCUGGGAAAUUCCAGUCGAGUCCCCAGCCUGGCCCAGCAGGAGAUAGCCAGGCUGCUGGCUCGAAUCCCUUGCCAGGACAUCUAUGAUGGAGAGUGGCUGAUUGCCCGGGAAGUGGCCGUCAGAUAUUUGCGCUGCAUCUCCCAGGCUUUGGGCUGGAGCUUCGUGCUGCUGACCACACUCCUGGCAUUCAUCGUCCGGGCAGUUCGGCCCUGCUUCACCCAGGCCGCCUUCCUCAAGAGCAAGUACUGGUCCCACUACAUCGACAUCGAGCGCAAACUCUUUGAUGAGACCUGCACUGAACACGCCAAGGCCUUCGCCAAGGUCUGCAUCCAACAAUUCUUCGAAGCCAUGAACCAUGACCUGACCUUGGGUCACUCCCACCCAAGACCAACCAAGGCCCCUGCUGAAGGGGAGGAGGAUGAGCGGGGGAAGCUUCAUGGCAUUACUGACCAGGGUACCAUGAACCAGCUGCUCAAGAGCUGGCAUAAUUGUAAGCCCCCACUACGGCUGGACCAGGAGAAGCCACUCCUGGAGAACGGGUGGGCAGGUGGGGUGCCUGGGCCUGGCCCAGCCCCGACCCUGAGGAAGGAGGUGGCCACCUACUUCAGCAAAGUAUGAGGGAGCAAGACCUGGCUCCAGGUCUGCAAGCCACAUGCCAGGUUCAGGUCUGGGUUGAUGAGAUGGAGCAGACAUCUGCUUCCAGGUUCAGGACCACCUUGUUACCAUCAGCCUCUCAUGCUGCCAACCAGAGAGGCCACUGGGUCUCUUGAGGUCAGCAUCAGCAAAAGAUUUAAAAGCACUUUUCAUGAGCCAGGAAACCAUAUUGCGACUACUGCAUAAUAAGAAGAAAAUAAGGAUCCUGGAGCUGCUGGUGGUUGGUGCUAUUGGUCAAGGGCCCAUGAAGCCCAGGGAGCUAGACUAGCAGUCUGGAUGCUCCUGGCCUGCCUCCUCCCACAAAGGAGAAAUUUCUGAUGUGGGAGCUGAGAGAGAGAGAGAGAGAGAGAGAGAGAGAGAGAGAGAGAGAGAGAGAGAGAGAGAGAGAGAGAGAGAGGCUGGCUUGUCCUAAAUCAACAACUUCACUAUUUCCCUACUCCUUAAAAAAAAAUUCACUCACUCUUCAUGGGGAGAUAAGAUUAGCAGUAUUAAUCAGAAUAGAUCAGAGUAGGGUUAAUGAGUUGUUGGGAGAAACGGGGGAAAGAAAACAGGGAGAGAUUUCUGUAGGUCCCCAGCCUUUUUCCAUCCAAUACUCCCUUCCCUAACAGGUGAAUUAGCCCUUGUCUUCUCUCAGCAAGAACUGGAUAACCAGUUCUAAUGUUCCAGGAACCUUUGUUGGGGAUAUCACAGGAAAAAGUCUGAAAAGUCACAGGAACUGAGAUUUGUCUUGUGGGGUAAAGAGAGAUAAGAUGAGGACCUUACCUGCACAUCCCUUACCGUGUGAGAUAGACAGUUAGCAUCUGGAGACUGAAAAUUCUGCUCCAGGACAGGUGAGCUGCACAGUA